AUGGCGCGUGAAGAUGAUGUCGAAACACAAUCAAGGCAUGAUGAAAACACGCCGCUCCUAGUAGGAGAGCAAUCGGAACAGCCCCGACUGGAACCGCAAGAAAACGACAAGAAGCCGACUAGCUGGUACCUAUGGAGGGUCUUCUGGGCUAUUCUUGCCGCCCUUGUCCUUGCCGUGUUUAUCAAGGGCUGGAUCGAUGCCGACGGAGAUGUCAACUUUGACUUGGAGAAAGCGCUCAAGAAGGCGCUUGGAGGCGGCUUGAGCGGCGCAGCUGCCAUGGUUCUGCAGGUCCUGCUUCUAAUGCCUCUUCGGACUAUUAUGAACUAUCAGUACCGCUUCGGAACCUCCUUCACUAGUGCCACACAUAUCCUCUACGCUGAUGGAGGAUUCGGCCGAUACUAUUCGGGACUCGGAGCCGCACUCAUACAAGGACCUGUGGCGAGGUUUGGCGACACAGCAGCCAAUGCUGGAAUUCUGGCCUUGCUGCAGUCCAACUCAUACCUGAAAGACCUGCCUUCGCUUGGAAAGACGGUUUUUGCUUCCCUUUGCGCUGCCGGGUUUCGCAUGAUUCUUACACCUGUUGACACCCUCAAGACUACCCUCCAGGCACAAGGCCCUAGCGGAACUGCCCUGCUUCGACAACGCAUCAAGCAACAUGGAGUUGGAACUCUGUGGUGGGGAGCGUUUGCUACUGCAGGAGCAACAUUCGUCGGCCAUUAUCCCUGGUUUGCGACGUACAAUUUGUUGACAGAAGUCAUCCAAGAACCACCAAAGAGCGACCUAUUUCUUUGGCUACUGCGUCUGGCCUUUAUAGGAUUCGUCGCAUCUGUUAUAUCCGAUUCUGUGUCCAACUCCUUGAGAGUGAUAAAGACCUACCGACAGGUCAAUGAUACCAAAGUGUCUUACGGAGAGGCUGUGCGAUUGGUGAUUCGAGAUGACGGAGUAUCGGGGCUGCUUGGGCGCGGACUGACGACGCGCAUCUUGAGCAAUGGUCUUCAGGGGCUACUAUUUUCCAUUCUAUGGAAGCUAUUUCUAGAUAUCUGGGAACAAAGGACAAAGUCCUAG